AUGGUGCGGAGAGGUCUAACUCUUUUCGAAGCGCUAAAAGUGUUUCAUGAAUUACCCUUGGAUUCUGAAUCAGAGCGUAAGGAUAGCAGCGAUACUGAGGUAUACGCUCCUGAACCACUUGUGCAAUCCGAUGAUGAUAUGUCAGAUGAAACUCAUUUAUCUGAUGAGGAGGUUGAUGAUCCCUCUCAGCCAGGCCCCUCUACACAGCCUCAAGUUCCUACUUGGAAUUCUAAACAGAAGUUGCAAAAGUUACUUCCGGAAUUUACACGGAUAAGUGGGCCAAAUGCAAAGCUAUGGGAAUUACCUGAGAAAACACCAUUAGCAGUGUUCCAAGAGAUUUUUUCACUUCAGCUGAUGGAACACAUAGUUUUCCAAACAAAUCUCUAUGCGACACAAAAAUGUAAACCUUUGUCACCACUCACUUUAGUUAAAUUAUACAUAUUUCUGGGAAUCAAUCUGCUGAUGGGCAUAAAGAGGAUGCCGAGUUAUAAGGAUUUCUUGGCAAAUAAUGAAGCCCUUGGAGAUGAAUUCAUUUGCUGUUAUAUGUCAUGUAGAAGGUUUUCAUGGAUUCUCGGCAAUUUGCACCUAUAUGACAACGUGCUUGAGCCAAAAAAGAACGAUGUAAAUUUCGACCGUCUGUAUAAAGUGCGGCCAUUAUUAGAUUAUCUGUCUAAGAGUUUUUUAGAUGCUCUGCAUCCUAGUGAAAAUCAGUCGAUAGAUGAGUCGAUUAUCAAAUUCAAGGGGCGCAGCACAAUCAAACAAUACAUGCCCAAGAAACCAAUAAAACGUGGUUUCAAAGUAUGCAUGAGGUGUGAUGAGAGCGCUUUUGCAUCCCAGUUCAAGAUUUAUUCAGGCAAAAAAGAAGUUGUAGAGAAAAAUCUGGGCGAGAAAGUGGUGAAAAGAUUGACAGAAUGCCUGAAUGGCAAAAAUCACCAGGUAUUCAUGGACAAUUAUUUUACGACAUACGAACUUUUUCGCUACUUGGAAACCAAAAGUAUAUAUGCCUGUAGAACUGCCAUGAUAGGCAGAAAAAAUUUACCCAAGUCUCUGCUUGCCCAGGACAAGGAGUUGAAAAGAGGGGAAUUUGACUGGGCUGUCAGUAAUGACAAUCUAACUUGCCUCAAAUGGAAGGAUAAGAGAUGUGUCACAACCCUGUCUUCCCUUCCUGAUGCCGUUGAUCAAAUUCAAAUUGAACGAAAAGAAAAAGACGGCACAAAAGUAAACAUAAAUUGCCCAAAAGCAAUUUCAACUUAG